AAAUAUUCCAACAACAUUAUUUUAAUUAAAUUGUAAUAUUUAUUUUAGACAGAGAAAUUUUCUAGAAUAGAUUUAAGAACGAUUCACACAGAAUUAAACAUUCCUAUUCCUGAUCCAAAACCAAUUAAUCAUGAAUCUGAGCAGUUACUGGGGAAGAAAAGAAAGUUUUGUUUAUUGGAAAACGAUAUUCAAGGUUGUAAAGUUUUAGUCUUACCAAAUGGAUCAGUACCAUGUAAUAAGCAUGUUGUUGAAAUUGUCGAUAUUGUAAAACCCAAGAUUAAGCAAUUAGUAGAAGAUUCAAAUAUGUUGAAAAUGUGGAUUCAGUUUCUCAUACCCAGAAUAGAAGAUGGUAAUAAUUUUGGAGUAUCCAUACAAGAGGAUACUUUGGGUGAAAUUCGGACUGUAGAAGGGGAAGCAGCAGCAUAUUUAGAUCAAAUUUCAAGGUAUUUUCUUACAAGGGGAAAAAUAAUUGCCAAAGUAGCAAAGUAUCCACAUGUUGAUGAUUUUAGACGGACAGUGCAAGAAUUAGAUGAAAAACAGUAUGUGAGCGUGAGACUUGUACUUUGUGAAUUGAGAAAUCAUUACGCAGCACUACAUGAUAUGAUUACAAAAAAUCUUGAAAAAAUCAAGAAGCCAAGAAGUUCCAAUAAUGAGACAAUGUAUUGAAACAGAAACUUUUUGUUUCCAAGUUAUGUAUUUUAAGUGAUGUCUCAUUGCCCUCUGUACUUUAAAAUAUUAUUUAAAAGUUCAGAUAUAUUGUAAAUGAGUGCUUUGUGACAUUUUUACAUAUCUGUACAUGAUUUAUUCAUCCUCUACCAAUAAAUCAGACAGUUUGAAGUAUUUAAGACAGUUCACAGUUAAGUAUUUUUAUCUGAAACAAAAACUGUAAAUUAAAGAAUUAAAAAUAAAAUCAUUGAAUAGAUAAAAUAUAGUUAUGUGAAUCACAAAUAGUAUUAUUUGAAUAUGAUUUUUUUUAUAAUGUUCAUAAAUUGGAUUGUUUACAGCAGUCUUAAGGUGUAUUUUUUUGUUGGUAUUAUAAAUUUGCUCA